GAGCAAAAUAACAUGGGAGCAACUUGACAUCUAACACCGGAAGUGAAAGCUUCACUUCUGAUAGCUAAGCUUUAACAGACGGACGUUAUUUUUUUUCUUCAAAUAAACUAAGUCUAUCACCUUUAAGCCUUUAACGUUGCACUAUGUUACAGUUCUUGGCAGGAUUCACCUUGGGCAACCUUGUGGGCAUGUACCUCGCUCAGAACUACGACGUACCCAACGUAGCCAAAAAAAUCGAGGCGUUCAAGAAAGACGUGGAGGCUAAGAAGAAGCCCCCCGAGUGACCAAUGUGGAAGAUGUUUCCACCAAGAAUAUGCACUGUGUAAAACAUCUAUUUAUUUCACAGGGUCAUGCAACAUGCUUGCACUUGUUUAUAUAUAUACAUACGUGGGAAUAAUGACAGUGUCUGAAACAUUUAUAUCAUACUCACAGGACUGUUACAUAUAUUUUUACGAGAUGGCUGGACCGUUUCUUGGCUGCUUUUAGAUACCUAGUCUUUUGGGUGGUCUUGGUAGCCUUGGCGGGGGGGGGAAGUGUCACCAUUUGGGGUUAGGUAUUUGGUGAGGUGGAUCAGUUGAUGUAAGAUUAAAAAAACUUCUUUUAAAAGCAAGAGAGCGGCCACAAAAACAGCUCACCAGUUCUGUGCAGUUGCUGAUAUGCCAACAAAAGAUUUCGACCAGCUCCUUGUUUGUUUAUGCCCUGUUGUCAUGGUAACGGCACAUACUGGACCAACUUGGGCUCUCCCACAAAA